AUGUACACCCCCUACCUCCUCCUCCUCUCCUGCAGUGCGGCGCUCGCCGCCCCCUCCAGCUCCACUUCCCGCUCAACAAUCAAGCUCCCACUUCCUCCCCACCCACCCUCAAACCUCUCCCCAGUACUCGAUCGCGCUCUCGGUAGUCUAUCCAUCGAACUAAGCUACUUCAGCGAUUUUGCCGGAAACUUGAGCAAUCCCAACACGCUAUUUGCGCGUGCAAUCAAUAACCUCUACCAGCGUACGGGAAAACACCCAGAUAUCAGGCCCGGCGGGAUAACAGCAGAUAGUGCGUGGUUUGUCGAGGAUGCGCCCGCAAUUGUGCGGGAUCUGAGUGCGAGUGGCGGGAUUUAUAGGACUACUUUGGGACCGGCUUGGUAUGAGUCGUUCACAACGCUCCCAAGUGAUAUCCAUUAUGUUGUGAACCUCAAUUUUCAGAACAAUUCUCUGGCCCUCACAACAGAGCAGAUGCGGUCUGCACUGCAGUAUAUCCCGCACGACCAGAUUGAUGCCUUCGAGCUAGGAAACGAGGGUGACCACUAUCCCAGCACCUUCGACCAACAGUCUGGCAACGGACCGUGGUCCAUGGAGACCUACACUAUCAAGUACCUCAACUGGACAUCCUCUCUCGCCGAAUCCCUCAACAUCACCACUCCCAUCUUCUCCGCCGGCACCUUUGCCGAUGACCCCCCCUCGGGUGCCUUCAACAUCACCGGCAUUCUCGCACAUGGCGCAGAUAGUAACGGCUUAACCUUAGCAUACUCGCAACACAUGUACCAGUACAGCACCUGCGAUCCACCCCGAAACCAAAAGGCCACACUCGAGAACCUCGUCAACCACGCCAACAUAACCGCCUACGUUGACCUCUGGAUCCCGCAGAUCCAGGCCGCAGAUGCUGCCGGUGGAGAGUUCUUUGUCGGGGAGUAUAAUUCCGUCAGCUGUAGUGGGAAGCUCAAUGUCACAGAUACGUUCGGGCAGGCACUGUGGGUUGUGGAUACAACGCUGUGGGCUGCCUACCGUGGCGCAAAACGAAUGUAUCUCCACAACGGCGCAACCCUCGUUCUCCAGAGUGCAGUGCAGGCGAAUACUCCCGGUUACAGCAAAUAUAACCUAAUAAUGCCUCAUGACAGCUCCGAGACUGGACCCGCCCGGCUAUCACCGUCAUACGUAGGAUAUCUUAUGAUCGGAGAGGCUGUUGGGGCUGGUGGCGAGUCAAGGCUGGCACCGAUCGAAACAGAGAUUGAGAGUCUGGGUGUAUAUGGGGUGUGGGAGAAGGGAACGCUACAGAGAAUUGUAGCACUUAAUAUGGACCCGUGGAAUGGAACCUCAACGUAUUGGGACUGGAAUAGUACUGCUACAGCUUUGCCGGCGGCAACAGGGGCAGAGAUGGUCAGACCAGGGGUGGUGUUGGAUUUGGGGAGGGCGGGGAGGAAAGCGGUGGUCAAACGAAUGACCGCCCCUGGCCUGAACGAGAAGAACCCACACCUUGUGACGUGGGCAGGGCAAGAGUAUUACGCUGGAGCGCCGGUGGGAAAGUACAAAGAGGAGGUGGUACGGGAUGGAAGGGUAUUUGUGGGCGCAAGUGAGGCCGUGUUGAUAUUCCUGGAUAGUGAGCCAGGAAGGUAUAAUUGA